AUGUCAAGACGUUCAUCCAGUCAUCACUCAAAGAAACCAUCGAGUACAACGAACUCAUCUAGCUCUCAGUAUAUGACUUAUUCAUCAGAAUCCAGUCAGCCAAAUGAAGAAUGUUUCUCCAAAAUAAAAAACAUGCCGAAUUUAUAUACUCUUACCAAAGGAUCCAUCUUUCUUUUGGCUUUGCGAAAUGACCAAUCGUUUUAUACGCAUAUUGGCUAUUCAGUUAUACCAAACAAUGGUAAAAUCUUGAUAUCUAAAGAAACGGAAAAAGGUGCAGUUCCUAUUGAUAGCAUGAUUAACAGUGAUGGGGUCGUUAAACAUUAUACAUCUCCCACACCAAUUAUCAACGAAGAUUAUAAGGUUCCACCAAAAGCUGUUAUUCUUCGAUUCUUCAUAAUUGAUGAAGUGAAAAAUGCCUAUCAAAUUGUCCAAACAUUGCUUAUCGAUGGUUGUCAAGAAACUAUUCGUGUUUCCAUUACGGGUGACAAAAAUUUCUCUAAUUCAUUCACUUUCAAGCAGCCCUUGAAUGUUAAAAGAAAUAUGCCUCCAACCUAUCCAUAUAUUGAUUUUCACCAUCAUAACAAAGUUAGAGAAAUUGAUGGUGUUUUACGCCAUAAAUUUAAGUUCAUGCCUGAAAUGGUUAAGAAUACAGCAGCUAUCCUUGUUUGCCAAGUCAUAGGAACCAAAAGAAUCCAAGUUAUUUCAUCUUAUCCAUUAUGUGGAAAAGAAACGAUUUUUGUUGAAUGUACCAAUGAUAAUUAUGAACCUCGCACUCUUGAUCAGGUCAAAUUCGAUACUUGCCGCAUAAAACAUCUCAACCACAAAUUGAAUACAUCAUUCAAGCAAAAUGCUUUAUACCCUGGCAUGAUUCUCAUCAAAUUAGUAAGACCUAACAUAGAAAACAGAGUUCAAGUUUAUGAUACUUUAUAUCCAGGACCAGAAGUUCACGAUGUCAAGAUACGUGUAGUAAUUCCUAAAUCAGAUAAUGAAUACUCGUUAAUUACUACAAUUCCUGUACCAAAUACAAGAAUUAUCGAAGAAAAGAGAGAACGUAUUGAUUUCAGGCACGAACUCUACAAAGAGAGGUAUGGUAAAGGUUCUGAAGAUGAAGACGCCAUUAUUGAGUAUUAUUAUUACUCUGAUGAUGAAGAAGAAAAAGAAAAAGUUGCUGUUUUGCCAAAGCUUGUUCUUUAUGUAGAUGACGAUGGAAGGAUCAUUGAUAAAGAUGGCACAAACGCUAACUCUUCUAAACUUAACGAUAUCUUGACAAAGAUGAACAUGAAAGGUAUCAAAGUUAACUUGCAAUACAAGUAA